AGGACAGAGCCACAGGGACCUGCUGUUGAAUUUAGGCCUACCACAUCAUCAGCCUACAGUUGAAAACUCCAUCCGGACUUCAAGAGUGGAGCACGGUGUCGAGGGCCCGGCCCUCAGUGUUCACAUUGUACAUGUUGGAUGUUGUGUGUGUUUUUGGCUCUCUGUCAGAAAAGUGGAUUUUGAGUGACAGAUUGGAAUGGAUCCCACUGAGCGGAGGGCAGAAAGGAGGGAACAGAGGAGUGAGAGCGCGAACGAGGGACAGAGACGGAACGAAGGACGAAUUGGUAGAAGUGAAGUCGGACAACGAGCUGGAGGCUGACAAAAGGAGGAAAGAGAGAGAGAGAGAGUCAGGAAGAGAGAGACAAAGAGAGAGAGGGAGGGAGGAGAGACAGAGGAGCCAGCCCUCUAGCUGUGACAGUUUGUGUGUUAGGGGGGUUGACAGACACAGUGGCUUUGUGUCCUGCUGAACACCGCUGGACAGGACACUGCUGUGCUGAGAGAGCAGAGGCACUGUCAGUUAGUCUGUCAGUCGCUUUGUCAGUCAGUCAGUCAGUCAGUCAGUCAGUCAGUCAGUCAGUCAGUCAGACCGUCUGUCUGUCUGUCUGUCUGUCUGUCUGUAGGGAAACCAGACCUCUCUGCUACCACACACUCCGGCGUACAUCUGCUUUCCAGGACUUCUUUGAUAUCUUCUCAGGGCACAGGACGCCCCACCACGGCCCCUGCCAGCGUGUGUGUGAGUGUGUGUGCCUUGGAAAGCUCCUUUACGUCCUUGGAGGUCAGGAGUUUGAGACUGGGAUAUGGGACUAAAAGCAGGUAUCUUUGGAGACGUGCCAGCAUCGGGAUGAGAGGAACACAGAGGAGAACAGGGGACUAGACUGAACUGGUUGGAACUAUUGGUUGAUUUUUUUCUUCAGGGAUGAUCUUGGCCCAUCUGAAGAGCUACUCAGCCCUCUUGAUUUCUGCUUUUACUGCUUGUUUUAUCUCCAUGGAUUGGUGCUGACAGUAGGACUUGGCCAAAGAGGAUGCAUGUGUUACUCUGACACCUGCGUCGUGUACUUGUAAAAUAGCGUGUUUGUGCGAUAGUGUCAAGACUUUGCCCCCUCGUGUGUGUGUGGCCCAUGUUGGCAUCAGGUCGGCCCGUGUCGGGUAAUCUCUGCGCCCCAAUGCCCGCGGCUAUGCCCCCCUACCCUACUCUUCCAGCUGAGUCAGAGUGGUGCUUCCAGAAUCCCGUAGGGGUGGACUGUAGUGCCGCCGAGCCUCGCUGCAUCUGGUUGGCAGUGCUGCGUGGUGCCCCCUUGCCCUCACCUUCGCCCCCCACCAUGAGGCCAGUCCUGGUCGGCAAUGGGCACGGCUGCACCAGCAGGGCCCUGCAACGUUCUCACCAGCCCAGGGCAAAGGGGUGGAGAGAUGGGCUCUCCUCGGCAGGCGACAACCCUCGGCCUGCGAUGGGGGCGCGAGGAGAGGGCGUCGGCGUUGGCUGGCAAGGCCCCCGGACGCUACUACUCCAGAAGAACUCACAGGGCUUCGGCUUCACGCUGCGCCACUUCAUCGUCUACCCACCAGAGUCUGCCCUGCACACCAGCCUCAAGGACGAGGAGAACGGGAAUGGGAAGGGGAGAAGUAGAUUGGAGCCAAUGGACACCAUAUUUGUCAAGAAUGUGAGAGAGCGAGGUCCCGCUCACCAGGGUGGCUUGUGUACAGGGGAUCGGCUGGUGAAGGUGAAUGGAGAGAGUGUCCUGGGGAAAACUUACUCCCAGGUGAUCGCCCUCAUACAGAACAGUGAGAGUGUGUUGGAGCUCUCUAUAAUGCCAAAAGAUGAAGACGUGCUGCAGCUGGUAAGUGCAUACUCCCAGGAUGCCUACCUGAGGGGCAACGAGCCUUACACAGGGGGAGCCCGGAACCUUCCGGUACCCCCGCCCCUCUGCUACGCUCCCCGCACCAAGUCCCAGCCUCCCGCCGGGGCCCCGGCCCCCAUGGGCCAGAACCAGCUGGACAACUGGAGCCGCUGGGCAGGCUCCGCCAGCCCCUUGUCCCCCCUGGACAACCGCUCCACCGUGGGCAGCCCGGCCAGCUGGCAGGAGGGACUGGGCGGAGAGCCGGGGGGCGUGUGCCACAGUAGCCCCCCCUACAGGACAGAGGAGAUCCAGUACGGUGUGACCGGGCAGCAGCCUACAGGACAGACCAGGGGCCGCUCCUACUCCUCAUCUUCUUCUUCAGGAGGGCCCCUCAGCAGCCCUCUGCAUGUCCAUUAUGUCAACCACAAUGCUGCUAGCACUGCCACCACCGCCUCCUCUCAGCCCCAGAAAGGCAGCCAGGCCUGGGCCAGCCCUCCCCAGCCGAGCCCCAGCCGCAGCCAGCAUUGCCAACAGGCCCUGUCUGAGUGGUACUACAGCCAAGCUGCUGAGCAGCGUCAGGGCCGCAGUGGCAGCAUGCACCAACGCCACCGCAGCUACUCUCAGGACAGGCUGUGUGAGACAGGCCCUGGGUGCCACCGCCGGGGUCCGGGCGGCUGGCCCCACAGUGCCUCCCAGGAUACCCUGAUGCUACUGCAGCAGUCGGGCCCCGGCCCCCACGGGGACCCUUCUUGGACCUACGGAGACUGGGAGGGGGCCCGGGACCAGAGUCACCCCUCCUCCUACGGCAGCAGAGCCCGAUCGGAGAACCUGCUGGUACAGUACGACCGCUAUGGCCGUUCGCUGGAGAUGUUGGAGUCGCCCCGUUCCGAGAGGCCCGCCUGGCUGCAGCAGGCCUCACAGCAAGCACCCAGGACUGAGGCCUACCAGAGGCAGGGGAACCAUUACGGUGUCGCACCGGCCCCCUCUAUGGGCCGACAAGCACAGCCGCACCACAAAACCACCCCCCAACCCCACUCACAGUCUCACCCACUGCCCCAGCCCCAACAACCAGCCCCCCAGAGCAGACGUCUGCCCACCGGACAGAGCCUGGAUGACCAGCCAGUAGGUUACCGCAGCUACAGCCCCUCCUUCAACCGCAAGACAGGCCGCAUCAUGCAGCAACCCUCCUUCAGGGACCCCUCCUACCUUGGCCCCCACCUCAGCUGGGCCCCCACCCCCAAAACCAGCCCCCCAGAGGGUGUUGUCCCCUCAGUUCCAUCACCCCUGGCCUCCGCCACCCCCGAGCCCCUUGACAGGGCCUACCGCCCCACUAACCAUGAGAGAGGGGCAGUGGAAGGCCAGGCGGAGGUGCUAGCUCAGACCCAGGAAGUCAAACUGAGACAGAAACCCCCACGGGACGAAGGAGCACCCACGCCAUGCGCCACCCCCACACUACACCCUGCCUGUAGAUGGCACAGAACCCCCUGUGUUCCCCCUGACCCCCACGACACUGCCCCUGCCCCUCGCCCCUCAGGAGAUGGUGCCCCGCACCGUACCAAUGGCAACCUGGCCCCCCUGUCUGUAGAGGAUGACGCAAUGGCCUCCAUUCCCUUUAUAGAUGAGCCGACGAGCCCCAGCGCUGACCUCCGUGCCCGCCACGUACCCGCCUCCUCCGUGGUGUCCAGCGGCAUGAGCUCAGCGCCCGCCAUCGUCACCAGCCCCGCCUCCCCCACCUUCACCUUCCCCCUAACCAGGCUCUUCUCACACGACUGCAGCAGUAUUAAAUCCAGUCGCCGUUCCUCCUAUCUUCUAGCCAUCACCACGGAACGCUCCAAGUCAUGUGACGAGGGACUCAACACCUUCAGGGGAGAGGAGGGCCGCGUCUUCUCGAGGCUGCCAAAGAGAGUGAAGAGUUUCUUCACUGAUGGGUCUCUGGACAGUCUGGGGGCAGCGGAGGAGGUGCGCUCCAAACGCCACUCCACCUCAGAGCUGGGCAGCAUCAGCUACAGUGACAUAUGGAGAGAGGGAUGGCUGCACUACAAACAGAUCCUCACGGAGAAGGGCAAGAAGGUGGGCAGCGGCAUGCGUCCGUGGAGGCGGGUCUUCUCGGUGUUGCGCUCCCACUCGCUCUUCCUCUACAAGGACAAGCGGGAGGCGGUCCUGCGGGGCGCCACUCUGGGAGGCGAUGCCGACGAGGAGCAGCCAAUCAGCAUCCGGGGCUGCCUGGUGGACAUAGCGUACAGCGAGACCAAGCGCAAGCACGCACUGCGUCUGACCACUCAGGACUUUUGUGAGUACCUGCUGCAGGCCGAGGACAGAGAGGACAUGCUGGACUGGAUCAAGGUCAUCAGUGAGAACAGCAAGACGGACAAUGAGGAGCUGGGAUUCUCAAGACAGGCUCUGAUCAGUAAGAAGCUCAAUGACUACAGGAAACAGAGUCCAACAGGCAACAAGCCGGACUCCUCGCCCAGGGUGUCCCGUGCCAAGCCGUCCUUCCUGCUGGCCAAGAUGGAGAACGCUGCCGGGGCGCCGCGCUCACCCAAACCUGAGGGCAAAGAUGAGAGCAGCCCCCCUAAGUCACCAUGGGGGAUCAACAUCAUGAAGAAGUCCAAGAAGUCAGCGCCCAAGGCUUUUGGAGUGCGGCUCGAAGACUGCCAGCCAGCCGCCAACAACAAGUUCAUACCUAUGAUCGUGGAGAUCUGCUGUGGGCUGGUGGAGGAGAUGGGUCUGGAGUACACCGGCAUCUACAGGGUCCCAGGGAACAACGCAGUGGUGUCCAGCCUUCAGGACCAGCUCAACAAGGGGUCGGACAUCAACCCUGCAGAGGAGAAAUGGCAGGACCUGAACGUGAUCAGCAGCUUGCUCAAGUCUUUCUUCAGGAAACUUCCGGAGCCCCUCUUCACUGACGAUAAGUACAAUGACUUCAUCGACGCUAACCGGAUGGAGGAUGCCGGGGACCGGCUAAAGACUAUGAAAAAACUGAUCCGUGACUUACCGGACCAUUACUACCACACUCUCAAGUUCCUGGUUGGCCAUCUGAAGACGGUAGCCGACCACUGUGAGAAAAACAAGAUGGAACCUCGUAACUUGGCCCUGGUGUUCGGGCCCACGCUGGUGCGGACGUCUGAAGACAACAUGACAGACAUGGUGACUCACAUGCCUGACCGCUACAAGAUAGUCGAGACGCUCAUCCAACACUAUCUCUGGUUUUUCAGUGAGGACCUGGACAAGGAUGAGAAGACUCCAGUAGACACGAAGGACCUGGUGCCUGCCCCCAAUAUCGACCACUUGCUCUCCAACAUUGGCAAGACCGCUCUGCUAGGGGAGGCGUCAGACUCAACCAACAGUGACUCAGCUAAAUCUAAGGGGUCGUGGGGGUCAAAGCGAGACCUCACUGCCAAGGACUUUCUGACCCUGUCCAUCAUGUCCGCCGUCACCGGACGCAAGCGCAGGAAUCGCCACAACGGCCGCCUCGUGGGCAGCAGCACAGACGACGACUCGGAGCACGAGCCAAUCAAAGCCAGCCACCUGGGGGUGGAGGAGGGAGAAGAGGCGGGGUUGGUGGUGGCAGGAGCAGACACCGCCCCACGAGCAGAGGGAGAGGAGGAGGAGGAAGAUGAUGAGGAGGAGGAAGAAGAAGAAGAGUCUGUAGUAGAGAGAGUGAGAGUGCAGGUGGAGGUAAAGGAGGGGGUAGUUCCCAGCAUGCCGUUCGGUGGUGAGAAAGAGAAAGCAGGGCAGACGGUGAUGCUCCUCCCUGAGGAAGAGGCGGUGACGUCGGAGGUGAAGGGCAGGGCGUGGCGGGGGCCAGAGGACGCUCGUUCUAUCGUCUCCGGUUACUCCACCCUCUCCACACUGGGGCGGAGCCUGGCAUCUGAGGGACGGUGCGAUGAAGCUGACGACGAGCGCAGCGAGCUGGUGAGCGAGACGGACAAUGAGAGCGGAUUCGCCUCGCGCUCCCUUACCCAGGAGAGACCUGAGAAACACCCCCCUGCAUCCAUUACACCCACACUCACACCCCCUAUGCCCACACAGCCCCCCAUACAACCCCCCACAGCAGGACAACGAAGCUUCCUCUACACACACUACAAACCCCACCCUGUCUCCGCCACACCCCAGCACACCACCCCCACCCCCUCCACACACACUCAGGAUCCUGGGGAGAGGAGCGAGGGUGGGGCGCGAUCCACCACCCCCUCCUCCUCCUCCUUCUCGUCGUCCUCCACCACCCACAGACUGCACACCCGGCCCUCCUUCAACUCCCACAAGCUGAUCCAAUGUGACACGCUGGCCAGGAAGAAGCUAAAGGACAGAGGGAAGACCAAGGCUCGUUCUCUGGACCUGCUGGACCUCCCUGGGCCUUCAGGAGAGGAGGAGGGAGCUGGGGCACCAGGGGCCCAGAGGGACCGAUCCAGGACCAACCCUUCCACAGGGAGCAGCCAGGAGAGCCUACGUCCACCCCGGCCCAAAGAAGCCCUGCCACCCAGCGAGGCUGCCUCUUUCACCCCCAGCGGGACAGGGCAGGGUCAAGGGCGAGGGUCUCUGGCUGACCAGGUGCGUGCGCGCCUGCUGGGCUCGGCUGAUGACCUGCGUAUCGUGGGGCUGAGGAAGCCACUCUCCCCGGAGACAAGGAGGAAGAGACGGGCCUGGAGAAGACACACUGUGGUGGUCUCACCUACCGAGACCGGCGACAAGAGGCCUGCGCUAGCCACCAACAUGUUCCCCAUGUCGCCGGCCACUUCCAAACCACAGGAGUCACCCCUCGACCCCCAGGAGCUUGACCCAAGACAUCCUCUUCCCCUGGGCCAGAAUCCCGCCGCCACACGCCGAGCACCAGCCUCCAGGUUCCAUCAGUACCUGUAACUAUGGACAGAGACUGAUAGGCCUGUAAAUUACAAGGCCUCUGGCCUCCCUCUCAAAGUCUCCCUCCCCUGAGCUGCUGAGCCAGGGUCUACUGUCUCAGAGGGUCAGAUAGUGCUGACCGACCCCAGGUCAGUUGCAUGACGGCAGUGAGUAGUGGACAGCAGAGCCACAGACAGACACAAGGGAUCUUAUGACAGGUCUGAUAACAGUUUUCGGCCUCCAGUCUACUCACGCUCCCUUUUCAUUUGUUUCAGCUCCGUUUGCAUGGCAAAGGGAAUUCCAGUAUUUGCCAAAGCUUUUUUUGUGUGGUUUAAAUAAAAAAUAAAAUAAUGCUAAACUGCAAUGGGACAUUAGACAGACAGACAGACAGACAGACAGACAGACAGACAGACAGACAGACAGACAGACAGACAGACAGACAGACA